AUGCUCAAAAUCACACGGGUAUUUGCUGAGAGGGUUCAGAAAGAUGCGACAGAUUUACACCUUAUCUAUCUUUGGUCGCCUAUUUCUCCGACUGCGACCGUCGGUGAUAUCAACUGGAUUCCUGGGCACAAUAUCAUCUACGUCCUCCCCAAGCAGACAGGAGGAAAGCCAGUCAUAUACCUCAUGUCACCAACGGAACUGGACGCGACAGUGAACCUCUCUCUUAUCCCAUGCUGGACGCUGUCCGCCAUAUAUCCUGUUGUUCCGGUGAAGACAGAAAUCCUGGGCGGCCAAAACAUCACUUGGGACGUAUAUAUCCACGGAGGCAGCAGUCUGACCGAUAAGAACACGGGCUUAGACGCAGCGUAUCUUUACUGGGAAGCAAAGACCGUUCCAGAUACGCCCCCUUCUCCUCCAUCAUCUCCCUUACCAGGACAACAUGCUUUUGUCGAGCGGUUUUGUCCAAACACCAGCGACCUUUACGACAACAACUCAGUUGUACUUCCGGUACCCCUCCUCAUGCCGUAUCUCGACAAAGUCCUGAAGACGCUUGGCCUUCAUACUGAGGCGCGAACCUCGUUUAUCACUUAUUGGCUGCCUUCGUUCCUCAAACACACCCAUGUUGCCCUUCGCUUCGUACCUCAGGCAGCAUACGAACGCGCUGCACCCCUCAACGUUUCUCCCGCCCCGGAUGUCGUUACCCGGGUCUUCAUGCUGUUCAAGGGUGUACCUUUAGAGAACUUGGAGCUGUGGCCUGAAGCUCAAGUCCGUGUGACGAACAACGUGGAUAUGUGGUGUGAAGUGGUUGGUGUUGAUGCCGAGAAGGCUUCGAAUGCGGGGUUAUUCAGGGUACUGGAAUGGGGUGGGAUGGAGGUGCUUCGAGGGUGA